CUACAUAUAUCCCUCUGAAAGGCAACAGAGAGGAUUCUUCAUACAAUACAUAUCAAAUACAUACUCAUCUGGCUGUGUUGAGGCUUUUGCACAAGUGCAGACUCUCGCCCUACUGCAGCGUUGGAUGUGAUGAUGGAUUAUAGCACGCAAGGGAAAGGUGCGAUGACCAUCGUGUCUUGGUUGAGAUUAUUAUUGGCUGUGGGACACCAUUGAAUUGAGCGUCGAAGAUUGGAUGUUGUUAUUUUUCUCACAAUUUCUGUAGGAACACGACAAGAGGGGUGAGGUAUGGGAUCCCGACCCGAAAUCCCUUCCUUGGCAAUGAAUGACACGUGGCGCAAGGAGCGACAGUGCGGCACAAAGGCUUCUGUGCGAGGUUACACACUGCCCCACGAUGUCAGGUUUGUAUGUUUUUGGGCAAGUUAGUACUGUUAGGGAGAGGGUAUAGACUGCGCGAUUCCAUGUGGAGAUUAUCAUCACCGAAACACAAGAGUUUCCAAACGUGGACGGGGGCGGCGGCGACGACGACGAGUGAAAUUUUUCAUUGAUUGUAGUGUAUUGGUACAGUGGUGCGUUGACCUGGUCCGGUGGACGGGUGGGUGUGGAGCAGAGGGGGUGCGGAAGCGGUACACAGCAGAGCUCCUUGGAUCAUUUCAACACCGCAGGUAAGGCGGUGUUGCUUAAUGCUGAAGCCAACGCCGGUGAUGAUGAUGUUGAUGAUGUGCGACUCCCCUUUCCUGGCUGGCGACUUUUGAUCGCUUCGUCUUGUGCUCUGGUUAAGCGUGCUGCUGCUGCUGCUGUUCGUGAAGUCAGCUCUGUUGAAGGGGAUUGCUUCUAUGUAUAUGCAUGCUUUUGCAUGAGGGUGUUGUUGCGAGAUCACAGCGGUGGGUAGAGGGAGGGGUCAUUAUUCUCAGGUGCUGGGGGUGUAUGUGGUGAUAUGGUUGAGUAUAGUUGUGGAGUGCGGCUCAAGAGCGCACAGUUCAAGCACCAGCGGAUGCGCCAGCGGGUGAAUGUGUACCUGGCGCACUUCAGAGGACAGUCGGAGGAGUAUGUACCUGGCGCACUUCAGAGGACAGCCUGCCGCACCUGGACCUGCAAAGCCAAUUUGGCGAAGCGAGCAGCAGACCUUGUGCUGGAUGUGGCGGUCUACUAGGCGUGUGCGUGCGACAUCCGGUCGAUUUCAAUGUCGUUUCAACGGAGUACGAGUCGGCGCGCAUUUAUGGUCACUGUGUGCAUGCAUGCAUGUGGUCACUGUGUGCAUGCAUGUGCUCCAGAUUGGGGCUACCUACGUUCGGUGGCUUUCUUCGUACUGCGAAACAGCUCGAUGACCUGAUCGCUAGAACAAAUUCAUUGUUUUCAAAAUAACGAAAGGAAGGGAGGAAGGGGGCGGCUAUGAAAGCGUGACCGACAGACGGAGGAGAGCGAGCUAAGCGUGGAGCUGUAAGAGAAAGAGAUAUAGACUCCGAGGAGGUGUUGUCAAACUCUCUGUCUAGGUCAGCUUCUACUUCUUCUUCCCUUAAUUCCACGAGCUCGAAUUUCGUUUCACAAGCAAAUGUCAUAUUUGUAUCACCUCAGAGAUGUUUUCCCUGUUCGGUUUCUUGUUUGAUUUCUUGUUUGGGGUUUAAUUUCCGCUUCAAUCAAUUUGUUAAAGAAAAGUGUGUGUUGUUGUGUUUGCGCACGGUGCUUUGUGCGGUAGCAAGCACAACGGAGGUAAGGAUGAAGAAGAGUGUAUUAGGAUGGUCGAGGUCUCGGGACACAUCGGCCAUCGGAUUAUAUGAUUGGUGACCCGACCACCACGUCUCUGGUGCCAGCGGGCAGCAAUUUCAUGACAGACUGACAGUGUGUGUAUCUGCUCAACGGAGAUGUUUCCAUCGGCCAGCGGAAGAAGGCAUGGAGGUAGGGAGGAGGGGGAAGGUGUUUCAUCCCACAUGUCAUGGAAGGUGUAAAGGAUGGGAGCACUUCCUAGAGUUUUUGUGUGGUCGAACAGUAUAUGGGUGUAGACAGAGGUCGUGAUUACGACAACAGGUACUUUGAUGGGCAGCGAGCGAGGCUCUCCGAAGAAGAUCAGACGUGCUAUCUAUCCGCUCCCUGGGGGGAGGGGGGAGGCGGGAGGCGGGAGGGAGCAAUCGGAACUGAGCUGCCCUUCUGUCGAUUGGGUUUGUUAGCAAAAAAUAUACAGUAGGUUGUCAAUGAUUGUUAAGCUGUGUUUUGUAGGCUACGCACAGCGGUCGCCCUUUGUUCUCGUCGCCCUUUUCCCUCGCCUGGUUUCCCGUUUACGUGGAGAUCUUCCCCCCCUCUAAUCCGUAGUGUCGUUGCUUAUGUCGGGUCAGUGCGAAGAUGCACUACGGCUCACUUGUUUGUUCUAUUAUUUCUCCCUCCCAUACCCCUUGACAGUACAGAGGAGUUCAUUGCUUCUGAAUAGGGCAUCCAACAACAUCAUGCUUUGCGGUGCAGUCAUCUAGAAAAUGGAGAGAGAGAGAGAGAGAGAGAGAGAGAGAGAGAGAGAGAACCUUCCUAUCUAUCGUCACGCUCAACCCUCCCUCCAUUACUCUCCGUGUCUCCUCCUCCUCCUAAUCGUCCUCCUCCCUCUCCUGCGCACCCGUCUUUCCACCCUGAUCCCGUAAUGGGUUCUGAUAUUACAAACAACAAACCCAAAUUUGAUUCUUCCUCGGGGAACUCUAUCUAGGUAACAUGAUGUACAUCGGACUGGUUUGUUUCUGGGCCGGGCCGGAAUUUAUGUUCCCGGUCCCCUCUUUUUUUUUUCAUGGUCCACAUUUCCACAAACAUUUUUCUGCCGUCUGUGGGCAGGUCGUUUGCCCAUCUGCCCAGAUCGAUCGCCAUCCUUAUCAUCGUUGUAAAUUUAAUAAACUCGAAUGUUCAUAAAGGUUUCCUCCUGGACUUCUGGCCACCGAAGUAGAGCUGUGGGCUGAGAGAUCGACUUGCUCAUUGCAGUUUUCGAGCGUUUAUGCCGUCGAGUCCGAGUGAGUCGUCUGCUUUCGAGA